CCCGACGAAGACUAAACGUGUGUUGACAAGCUAAUGGCAGCUACGCGUCUUGCCUCAAUCCGACCAUCGCAGCUAGCUCGCCAACUAGCAUGCUAAAGCUACUGCUAGCUGUUGACUGUGGCCGUUUGAAAUCCCACUGAGGCCAAAUUAUAUAGUUUUUUUUCCCGGCGUUGUCGUAAUAAUUGCGCGGCGUCGAACCCGUCGCCCCACGUGCCGGUGCAGGUCAACCGACGGACGCGUUGCGAUUCGUCCGAUUUGUUGUCAAGCUGCAUCCAUCGAUGUCCGCCAGCAGGUAGCACGCUACCGCGGACUCACCUGUCCAAGCCGCUAACAUCGGGCCGUGGUCUCCAGCGGUCGCGAUCGGUGUUCAGUCGACACCAGAUUCGGUUGCUUCCUCUGCGUGGUCGCGCUAACAAAGCCACAAUGGCCACCGCACCGUACAACUACUCAUACAUUUUCAAAUACAUCAUAAUUGGGGACAUGGGGGUAGGGAAGUCAUGUUUGCUUCACCAGUUCACAGAAAAGAAAUUCAUGGCAGACUGCCCUCACACGAUCGGCGUGGAGUUUGGUACGAGAAUCAUCGAGGUGAGUGGCCAGAAGAUCAAGCUGCAGAUCUGGGACACGGCAGGACAAGAGCGCUUCAGGGCCGUCACCCGCUCUUACUACCGCGGGGCUGCAGGAGCACUCAUGGUCUACGACAUCACCAGGAGAAGCACGUACAACCACCUCAGCAGCUGGCUGACUGACGCGAGGAACCUCACCAACCCCAAUACAGUGAUCAUUCUCAUAGGAAACAAAGCCGAUCUGGAGGCUCAGCGGGAUGUCACGUACGAGGAGGCGAAGCAGUUCGCAGAGGAGAACGGCCUGCUGUUUCUCGAAGCGAGUGCGAAAACGGGUGAAAACGUGGAGGACGCCUUCCUGGAAGCUGCGAAGAAGAUCUACCAGAACAUCCAAGACGGCAGCCUGGACCUGAACGCCGCCGAGUCGGGCGUCCAGCACAAGCCCUCGGCCCCUCAGGGCGGCCGGCUAACCAGCGAACCACAGCCCCAGAGGGAAGGCUGCGGCUGCUAAUGACCAAGCAAAACCCCCCCUUCCUGCACUCACUCCCUUUUCUCCCUGUCUCCGUCUGUCCCGCCCGCCCCCUCCCCCCUCGAACCAUCCUCCCCCAUUCAUCCAUCCCUUCACUCCUCCACGUACAUCCACCCUCACCGCACCAGGAGCUGCGUGAGAGCAGGAGCUGCGGAGCGAAGGACCAGGGGACGGAUAUUUGACUCGGGCCAGACUGAGCUGGGCUGUGUGGACUACAUCUCCCCUCCCCCUCCUCUCCUCUCCUCUCUGCCAGUCUGUCUUCUGUCUUCUGUCUCACUCCUCUUUACAUUCUGUCAUCCCAUAACGCUCCUCUUAUUCUCCUCAUGCACCACUGUCUAGUCUCCCCCCCCCCCCCGUGUAGUAUCCGAGACACCACCACACAUUACACGGGUUACUGACACUUACGAUAGAUGUAUUGUUCAUACGAUAAUGAUAUACCGAGACUGUUUUUUAUGUUUGGUUUUAUAGCUGUAUAUGACAUGCAAAGCACUGCAUUAACUUUCAUCCACCACUGAUCAGUUCUCUACGAACCAGAUCUAAAUUAUAUUCCGAAUCUCCCGGCGCCACUCCUGCAUGGUUUACUAAUCCAGCAUCAAGACACGCAGGUGCGAUAUCUCACUCAACUUUUUGUGAGAUCAGGGGCAGUGAGGAAGUUUACCACGCGGCCAGACAAGCCGCUCUUAAAGUGUGCGUCUGAGAACGUGUAGCCAAGGGAGCUUUUUCAAGCAGGAUUCAAUCCCGCCCUUUUGUGGCUUUUAAUUCUGUCGCUGCCGCUUGGCACGAUUCAAAGUUCCUUUGCCAGAUGUGGCGACACCGACGUUGUCAGGAGAGGGAGAAAGAGACAUUUCUAAUAACCACCCACAGGGAGUUUGUGGGAGAUUCCUCCGUCUCUUCUUUGAAAGGAAUAUUGGAUGUUUUCCAUUUUUUUCUGUUUCUGUGAGUGUUGGUGUGUUAAGAAGUUGGAUGGGUGUUUUUUUUUUUGACAUUUGAAACAUAAAACGAAAGAUCCUGGCUUUUCUGUUUUCUAAUGGAAAUAGUCGUUCACGUCAGUUUCUUUGCACCAGCUCUCCAUCUCCUCACCCGCCAGACCCCCAUAACUCCUCCUCCCCCAGGUCAUAUCAACCGAUUCUGUCUUUACCAGCAUUGUCUUUGUCAUUGUUUGUUGCCUUAUUAUAAUCAAUGUUAUUACUCUCUAAUCUUAAUAGUUUUGCUGCACUCGCUCUUCACACUGUUGUUGGACUCGCUUCGAGUCAAUAAAUCAACUUUUUAGAAUAAAUAUUGCAUUUCACUGGAGAAUAACACAAACACCCGAGCGGCGACUCUUCUGGUGUAAAAAACAAACUCACCACUUCUUAAUUUCACGUGUGGCUGCCCUGAAGAGUUGGUGUUGAUUUGACAGUUGUUCCCCUUGUGUAAUACAACACCAAGCAGCAUGCUCCCCCAUCAUUACAAAAAAAAUUUAAAACAAAAUUGUCUAAUUCCAAUAUUUUUUUUUUUUUUUUUUUACUAUUUUUCUGUAUCAUAGUGAUUUCCUGAUUGGACAGCUGUAUAUAUUGCUUCUUAACUAUUGGUGAUGACCUUGCUACUUUGGGAUUCAGAAAUUUAUUUGCUGGCUCUGCCGAGACUUGUACAGUUGACGUGCUAGUGGGUUGCCUGUAAUUCAUGCUUGGGAAAUUCUGUAACAUAGUUUCUAUUAAUAAAUGUAUGUAAAAGGACAGACACCUAGAUACCCCCAACCCAUCCCCCUGUAUUUACACUACUGAACCUGCUGAUUGGUUGAGGGGAGAGGAAGUGGAUCGAGAUGAUGUGCAAACUAUUAUUUAUGUCUGCAAACUUUUUGUGUACGGAGUGGAGGAGGAUGGGGCCCUUUUGUUUAUAUAUUUCUUUUUUCCAGCCCCCCGCAUAGCUCCUCCACAUGGGAGGGGCCUGCAUCGCUGUCUUAACUUUUCUGGGGAGUGAGGAUUGGUUUGUUAUUGUGGGAAGUUGGUGGGCUUGGGUGUUCCUUUUUCCUGUGUCCCACCUCUUUGCAGUCCGAGUGACCACUUCCUGCUUUUGUCUGUCCACAAAGUACAACAAAAAAAAACAACGUACAUAUGUAUAAAUUUUUAAGGAGCUGUGCUAACAUUUAAAUGCAUUCUUGCGUGUAUAUGAUUUUAAAAUGUUGACAUUUUGAUUUUAAUGAGAAAAUACUCUAGACAGAAAAAAUAAAUUAUACAUAACCUGUU